AAACGGACAUUUCCACAUGGUGACAUCCUGUACGAACCUGAUUAUGUUGCAUAAUUUAUGAAUGGUGAGGAAAGAACAAACAUGGGUGGAGCAGUGUAGACACAACGGUAUCGGAUUGGACAAACUGCUUCCUCAGUAGUGUUGUAGCGCUCACUGAUUGGCUGCUGGUUUCAGUGGGCGGGGCUUAUUCCUAACAAGGAUACGUUUUACUCUUAGCUUAAAUCGGCUCUGUCACACUCAGAAAAAGCAGCUGUCACACCGUGUGCUGCAGUUAAAUCGCUUGUUUUUGGAGUUUUAGAACAUGCCUAACCACGGAUGAAGUAGUCUGGCGAUUCAAUUCGAUUGCAGCUGCUUGUUUUCACCAAGGUUCAAUUUUUAAAGACCGACUAAAACAGUGACUCUGCAUGGAGCAGCCGAAGACGCAGCGUCGGGGCUUCCCUACUCCACAGCCUGCAGGCGGGGAGCCACCGAUGCGUUUGACCAUCACUUCAACAACCGGCUGCCCGGUGGAGCUCAGUGUCCAGCGGGGAGAGACUGCGGAGGGGCUGAGGAAGCUCGUCUCCCAGAAACUGGGGCUGCAGACAGACAGAAUCAUAGUGGUGCAUAAAGACAGCCACCUGACUGCAGGGACACUGAUGGAGCAGGGUGUGACAGAUGGCAGCAGACUGACUCUAGUCCCAGUUAUUGAAACUGGUUCAGUAAGUUCAACUAGAGAGAAGACGGUGAUGGACACGUUGGAGAGUUUGACAGAAUCCCAGAUAGAGGACUUCCUUUCGGGUCGCCUGCCUCUGACCCUCAGCCUUGGAGCCGGGGCCCACACGAUGUAUGUGCAGCUCCAGCUGUCGCAGGAGGUCAGGGAGCUCCAGGGAAACAUGGACUCAGUGGUUCAGACCAGAUGCAAACCUCAAAUUGCACAGGCGAACAAUGGGAAUCUCCUGGAGGCAUCCUCUGCAGGGUCCUCCUUAGGAUUCACCAGCUCACAGACUUCCUCUCCGCCCUUGCCCUUGGCUCGCUCUGCAUCCUCCCUCCAAUGUAGCACUCAGAAACCCAGAACUUCCUUUAUCUCGUCCACAAGCGUAGCACGUGAGCACUGCAUCGAUCCUCCGUUAGUGCGGCACUCGCAGUCUGACUGCAAACCUGCUUUGCCUUUGGACUCUACACAUCCUCCAAAUCUACCUCCUGCAGCUACACCAGUCUGUUCAUCCAGACCCACCAGUUCUGAACCAGGACCAACUUCAGCCUUCAUAGAGGGAGAUGUUCCUGCACAUAAGCCACAGCCUCCAGGGGCGGUCAUUGACAGCGUCGUGAAUCACUCUCCAGGCGUCUUCUCUGGAACGUUUUCUGGGACUCUGGCCCCGUGCAGUCAUGGAGGCAUCACUCAUCCUCGUCGCGGCAUCGCCAUCAUUCUCCAAAUCCUCAACGACUUGCUCAGAGCUGCCUGUCACCACCAGGGGGCGCUGCUGCCUCCUUUAUGUAACGAGUGCACUGCCUCAAACCUUCCAGGCAGCCAUCUCACCGCAGAGGAUCCCUGCAUGGGAAGAAACAGACAAACACCAACCCAAAGCACAGCGCGCAGCGGAGGGGAUGCGAGUCAGACGCUUCACUCUUCUGAAGAGAAUAAGACGAUGCACUGCAAGAUGGAGCGCCUGCAGCUUCUGAUGCAUCAGAGGCGUCGCCAUAGGCGGAUUCGUAGGUGUUCUCUCCUCCAUGGAUUCGCUCAACCAAACCAGCACCGGCUCCACCGUUCCUAGUGUACGCAAACAGCUCACUGUGAUUUCUUCUUGUAGCUAUUUGAACAGAAGGAAACAUGUUCAUAAUAUGCAGUACAUAAAACCAGAGCAGGUUUUUUCUGUUUAUAGUGACGUAUAUUAGACAUACAAAAACGUAUAAGGUUUAUACAGCUCUUUUCCUGCGUCCGUUUACUGAGCAUGAUGGGGAUAGCUCUUUAUGUGGUAUAACAUUACAGAAAGUUCUUUUUUGUUUGUUUGUUUCUCUGUUCUACAUUUUUUAGAGUUUAGUUACUGUGAGCAGAAACGAAACAUAAGUACUUCUGAUAAAGAGGGUUUCUGUCAGUUCUGUGGGCCUUGGGGGCUUGUUAUUCUCUGAACACAAAACAAAUAGCAAAUCAACCUUGAAAAUGAUGCAGGACUAUGUCGUUUUUAACUCAUGAGUUGUGCCUUACAACAACAUGCAGUAUUUACAGAUGGUCCUUCUAGUUUUCCUCCUUCACCAGUAAUACUAUCCUUAGCUCAUGAAAUAUACAUUAUGUUUUCCUCCUCAUCCUUAAAGGGAUAUUUUAGGAUUUUUAAAUUGAGGGUCUUUUAAGGUUUUACUAUCUCAACUGAAGUUAAUAACCCUUCUUAUUUAGUAUAAUCUUUGCAGACAUGUUUUCAAAUAACGCCAGGAUUAUGUGUGCAGGUUAGAAUUUAAAACAAUUAGUGUUCUAGAGCCUUACUGAAAUCCCUUUAAAAAAGGGAUUAAUCAACUAAAUUGAUUAAUAUUAAAAUAUUUUUAUAUUCCUAACAAGCCUCAGUGGUCACUGUUACUGUAGGACAUGAUAUUUUCACAAUCAAAAAUGACGACAGAAAAUAUUCUGCCUUGAAACAAAACAUUCAACUUGUUUUAUUUCUAAAUCUUUGGUGGAAAUAACCUUGAAAAUGAUCAUUGAGGAUGUGUUUGUGCAUAAAAUAAGCUGAUUUUUAGUUUCUAGCUCAUUGAAAAUACUUUUUUUUUUUUAAAAGUCAUUUAUGUUCUGUAAUCAGAACAUGCUUCAGGAGGAUCAUUGGUGGCGCACCGCCUCCAGCCUACGCUGCUCGUGUACAUCAGCUUCUUUGUAAAUAACCACUUGAUGGCUUGACAUUUCAUAUGAGCAUUUGCAUAAACUUCUACCACGUUUAUGAGACUUGAGUACUUUUAAGCUAGAAGUGUACUUAUGUCGUGGCUCCUCUUGGGCCAGCAUUAGGUUCGGCCUCCAGGUCUGUCUAAUCUGAUUAUUGAACGGAUACUAGAAGGGUUGUAUUAUAUAUUUAUAAUAUAUUAGCAGCUCAAAACCUUUGAAAACCUUUUAAAAUCUUGAAUUAUCCCUUAAAAUAUGCAUUGAUAUGUUUGUGUUGGUUUCUGGUUUACCUCCACGCUGUAAUUCCUGUAAUGUGAACGACACAGUCCAAACACUGUGACUUGUCUUCUUUGACAUACUGUUCUGUAAAUUUUAUGUAAAUAUUCUACUUGGUGAUGUAGUCUGAGUUAAUUUUAACUUCAAAAAGUUGAGAUUUAUCUGUGACUAGAUGAGAUCAAUGUAUUUGAUCAGGUGACUUACCUCUUUCAUGUUUAUUAAAGAGUGUGCCUCUUACAACUGACCACAACUCUAAGCAAUAUAUUGCCUUAUCGUGAAUGUUAAGAGUCUGUGUCAUCUUUGGAGAAUAUUCCCUUUAAAAAUGAAGAAGAGCAUAUACACAAUAAUGAAAGCAGAGACUUAAUAAAACCUUGAAAAGAC